GGGGAGGGGCGGGAGGCGGGAGCGUCGCGGAGCGCAGGCCUCGGAGGCCCCGGAGUUACCGCCAGCCGUAGACUGAGCUGGCCUGCGCCCCAGUCUUAGUUUUUCUCCCGGUGCCCCCUCCUCAGCCCUGGGCGCACCGCGCCGGGCCGAGCGGCUGGCUGCCUAGCGAGCCGGCCGCCCGACCCCGACCGGCGAAGCGACCCGGAGCCGUCCGGCCCAGGCGCACACGGAAGUGCUCAAUUCUGAAUGGGCUUUGGAAAGUAGAGAAGAAAAUCCAGUCUGCUUUUCGUGGGAUAUUGGACAGCCGAAUAAAUGCAGUAUCUAAAUAUAAAAGAAGACUGCAAUGCCAUGGCUUUCUGUGCUAAAAUGAGGAGCUCCAAGAAGGCGGAGGUGAAUCAGGUGGCCCCUGAGCCAGGGGUGGAAGUGACCUUCUAUCUGCCAGACAGGGAGCCCCUCCGGCUGGGCAGUGGAGAGUACACAGCAGAAGAGCUGUGCAUCAGGGCAGCGCAGGAAUGCUGUAUAUCUCCUCUAUGCCACAACCUCUUUGCCUUGUAUGAUGAGAACACCAAGCUCUGGUAUGCUCCGAACCGCACCAUCACCAUUGAUGACAAGAUAUCACUCCGACUGCACUACCGCAUGAGGUUCUACUUCACAAACUGGCAUGGAACCAAUGACAAUGAGCAGUCUGUAUGGCGACAUUCUCCAAAGAAGCAGAAAAAUGGCUAUGAGAAGAAAAAGGUUCCAGAUGCAACCCCUCUCCUUGAUGCCAGCUCGCUGGAGUACCUGUUUGCUCAGGGUCAGUAUGAUUUGGUCAAAUGCCUGGCUCCCAUUCGGGACCCCAAGACUGAGCAGGAUGGGCAUGAUAUUGAGAAUGAGUGCCUGGGGAUGGCUGUCUUGGCCAUUUCGCACUAUGCCAUGAUGAAGAAAGUACAAUUGCCGGAACUUCCCAAGGACAUCAGCUACAAGCGAUAUAUUCCAGAAACAUUGAAUAAAUCCAUCAGACAGAGGAACCUUCUCACCAGGAUGCGGAUAAAUAAUGUUUUCAAGGAUUUCCUAAAGGAAUUUAACAACAAGACCAUUUGUGACAGCAGUGUGUCCCCUCAUGACCUGAAGGUGAAAUACCUGGCUACCUUGGAAACUUUGACAAAACAUUAUGGGGCUGAAAUAUUUGAGACUUCUAUGUUAUUAAUUUCAUCAGAAAAUGAAAUGAAUUGGCUUCAUUCAAAUGACAGUGGAAGUGUUCUCUCCUAUGAAGUGAUGGUAACUGGAAAUCUUGGAAUCCAGUGGCGGCAGAAACCAAAUGUUGUUCCGGUUGAAAAGGAAAAAAAUAAACUGAAGCGAAAAAAACUGGAAAAUAAACACAAGAAGGAUGAGGAGAAAAAUAAAAUCCAGGAAGAAUGGAAUAAUUUUUCUUAUUUCCCUGAAAUCACUCACAUUGUAAUCAAGGAGUCUAUGGUCAGCAUUAAUAAGCAGGACAACAAAAAAAUGGAACUGAAGCUUUCUUCCCAUGAGGAGGCCUUGUCCUUUGUGUCCCUGGUUGAUGGCUACUUCCGGCUCACAGCAGAUGCCCAUCAUUACCUCUGCACUGAUGUAGCUCCCCCAUUGAUAGUCCACAACAUACAGAAUGGCUGCCAUGGUCCAAUCUGCACAGAAUAUGCCAUCAAUAAACUGCGGCAAGAAGGGAACGAGGAGGGAAUGUAYGUGCUGAGGUGGAGCUGCACCGACUUUGACAACAUCCUCAUGACUGUCACCUGCUUUGAAAAGUCUGAGCAGGUGCUGGGUACCCAUAAGCAAUUCAAGAAUUUUCAGAUCGAGGUACAGAAGGGCCGCUAUAGCCUGCAUGGCUCAGAUCGCAACUUCCCCACCCUGGAAGGCCUCAUGAGCCACCUCAAGAAGCAGAUCCUGCGCACAGACAACAUCAGCUUUGUGCUGAAACGCUGCUGCCAGCCCAAGCCUCGAGAAAUCUCCAAUCUGUUGGUGGCCACCAAGAAGGCCCAGGAGUGGCAGCCUGUCUACCCCAUGAGCCAGCUGAGCUUUGACCGGAUCCUCAAGAAAGAUAUUGUUCAAGGUGAUCACCUUGGCAGAGGCACAAGAACACACAUCUACUCUGGGACCUUGGUAGAUUACAAGGACGAUGAAGGGGCUGCUGAAGAGAAGAGAAUAAAAGUGAUCCUCAAAGUCUUAGACCCCAGCCACAGGGACAUUUCUCUGGCCUUCUUUGAAGCAGCCAGCAUGAUGAGACAGGUCUCCCACAAACACAUUGUGUACCUCUAUGGCGUCUGUGUCCGAGAUGUGGAAAAUAUCAUGGUGGAAGAGUAUGUGGAGGGGGGACCCCUGGAUCUCUUUAUGCAUCGGAAAAGCGAUGUCCUCACUACACCAUGGAAAUUCAAAGUUGCCAAACAGCUGGCCAGUGCCCUGAGUUACUUGGAAGAUAAAGACCUGGUCCAUGGAAAUGUGUGUACCAAAAAUCUCCUCCUGGCCCGUGAGGGCAUUGACAGUGAAAUUGGCCCAUUCAUCAAGCUUAGUGACCCUGGAAUCCCUGUCACUGUACUGUCAAGGCAAGAGUGCAUAGAACGAAUCCCAUGGAUUGCUCCAGAGUGUGUUGAAGACUCCAAGAACCUGAGUGUGGCUGCUGACAAAUGGAGCUUUGGUACCACACUCUGGGAAAUCUGCUAUAAUGGCGAGAUCCCCCUGAAAGAUAAGACUCUGAUUGAGAAAGAGAGAUUCUAUGAAAGCCGGUGCAGGCCAGUGACACCAUCAUGCAAGGAGCUGGCUGACCUUAUGACCCGCUGCAUGAACUAUGACCCCAAUCAGAGACCCUUCUUCCGAGCCAUUAUGAGGGACAUUAACAAGCUCGAAGAGCAAAAUCCAGACAUUGUUUCAGAAAAAAAACCAGCAACUGAGGUGGAUCCCACACAUUUUGAAAAGCGCUUCCUGAAGAGGAUCCGUGACUUGGGAGAGGGCCACUUUGGGAAGGUUGAGCUCUGCAGGUAUGACCCAGAGGGGGAUAACACAGGGGAGCAGGUAGCUGUCAAAUCCCUGAAGCCUGAGAGUGGAGGUAACCACAUUGCUGAUCUGAAGAAGGAAAUAGAAAUCUUAAGGAAUCUCUAUCAUGAGAACAUCGUGAAGUACAAAGGAAUCUGCACUGAAGAUGGAGGAAAUGGUAUCAAGCUCAUCAUGGAGUUUCUGCCUUCUGGAAGCCUUAAGGAAUAUCUUCCAAAGAAUAAGAACAAAAUUAACCUUAAACAGCAGCUAAAAUAUGCUGUUCAGAUUUGUAAGGGAAUGGACUAUUUGGGUUCUCGGCAAUAUGUUCACCGGGACUUAGCAGCAAGAAAUGUCCUUGUUGAGAGUGAACACCAAGUGAAAAUUGGAGACUUUGGUUUAACCAAAGCAAUUGAAACUGAUAAGGAGUACUACACCGUCAAAGAUGACCGGGACAGCCCUGUGUUUUGGUACGCUCCAGAAUGUUUAAUUCAGUGUAAAUUUUAUAUUGCCUCUGAUGUCUGGUCUUUUGGAGUGACUCUGCAUGAGCUGCUUACUUACUGUGAUUCAGAGUCUAGUCCAAUGGCUUUGUUCCUGAAAAUGAUAGGCCCAACUCAAGGCCAGAUGACAGUAACAAGACUUGUGAACACGCUGAAAGAAGGAAAACGUUUACCAUGCCCGCCUAACUGUCCUGAUAAGGUUUAUCAACUUAUGAGAAAAUGCUGGGAAUUACAACCAUCCAAUCGGACAACCUUUCAGAGCCUUAUUGAAGGAUUUGAAGCACUUUUAAAAUACGAAGCAUGAAUAUCAUCUAAAUUCCACUGUUUGUUGAUAAAGUAAUCCUCCCCCAACAAAUACCCAAGCCAUUUUUUAAAAAUUUUUUUAUGGAAAAAGUUUGUGUUCUAACAAUAUAGUCAACAAGUCCUUGAGCACGUGCACAUGUGUACAGCACACUGUGGUGCUCAGCAUGGAUAAAAACUUCUUUUCAAUUCAGCCUCUCUCAAACUUAGUGACAAAUGACAACAAAGAUACCUAGAAAGCACUUAAGCACUCCUCCCUUUGGAAAGAAUGUCCCACUCACUGUUUCAUUUAGAUAGUUUACUGACAUAAUUAAAUACCAAAAUGGGAUUUGUGAAAAUAAGAGGAACUGACCAAAGUAAUGUCUCAAGAUGAUUGCUGUUCCCAGCUGCCAGCUGAUCUGAAAUGUUUUUCUGGCACAUUAAUCUUAGACAAAAAUUGAUGGACUUAGGUGAUACUCUUAACAUACCCUCAGAUUUCAAUAUCUAGACAGUGAUAGACCAAGCAUUCUUAAAAUAGUAGAUACCAGUUAGUAUACUAUUGUUUCCUUACCAAAAAAAAAAAAGUAGGUAUUCCUGUCACCAGUAAGACUGAAAUAUCAAGCUGUUUUUUCAGUGGCUCAGUUGCUGGUCCCUUGAUUGACUACUGGGUACCCAUUGUUGAGCAACCUGGUUCUGCACAGGAGCCAGCGUGGAAAUAGAUACUCUGCUGCAUGUUAUUAUUUCUUGAGAACUAAGCCUGGGCCAGUGCUUUCCUAAGCAGUCAACUUUUAUCAGACAGACUUUGCAAACCUGGAUGCUAUUAGACAUGCUUUUAAGAAACAUCAGCGCAUAUCCUUUUAUAACUCUACCACUUUGGGGCAAGCUGUUCCAACAUUGGUUUUGGAUGCUGUAUAUGAACAGAAUGUAUACCACAUAUAUUGCACUGUUCUUAAGAGUGUUUCAAUACUUACUACCCAUCUACAAGGGUCAAUCACUAUUGUGACCAUCAUCUUAUGGUGCAAAACUUGAAAGAAAAGACCCGUCUAGAGGCACUCUGGAGUUCAGGAUACAUUUAGAUGGUUUUCAGUUUGCUUGGAGGUAGCUGGGUAAUUAAAAAUGUUAGUGUCUGAUUUAAUGUGAAACAUAAAGUUCUUUACAACCAAGAGUCUGAAAAACUUUUCUGUUAAUGAUGUCUAGUAUUCUUCARUAUCUUACUUUUCAUCUUUUGAGCCCAAAGAAAGUUCAGGAUUGCUUUAGUGGCAACAAUAAACUUGACAUUUAAAUUUGUUCAGUUGCCCUGUAUCUCUGUGUCAAACCUGUGGCCGCUCUGUAUGCACUUUGUUUACUCUUUAUACAAAUAAAUGUACUAAAGACUUUA